GAAACCUUUUUUGUUCAUUCUUUGUUUGUUCUUGGUGUUAAAUCUUGAACAAUAAUACUUAAAAUGUAUUACAUUUCACGCUUUAAACUUCCAAUCAAUCAUUUUAUUCUCUUAAAAUACUCUUGUGAUAUUAAACCUGUAUAAAUAGGUAAAUUUAUUGUUAAUCUUUGAUUGUCAUGAUAUUUAAAAUUUCCUCUCUUCUUUAUGUUGCCUAAUGACAUUUAAUACUCUUUAAGCUUGUGAUACUUGUUUUUUGAUUCACCCUUCUGUUCACUAGUUCUUAACAUAUGUAAUAUUGAUAUUUGGAAAAUAUAAAGAAAUGUUAAAUAAAGUUGCGAAGAUUAUUGCUCUCUGUCGAUUUAUAUCAGCUUCAGCUUUUCCUUUUUUCAGAGAAAAUGUUACGACGGAGUAAAGUUGCUGGUUUUAUCCUUCUCAUAACCUUUCUCUUCUCUCUCUAUAUAUACAAACUACAGUCUAGUAUCCUGGACCAUUUACCCACAGACUUCUCAACUUUCGACAACGUAAAGGGGUCGAAAAAACUUAUUGUGCCAAAUAUUAUUCAUUUUAUUCAUUUUGAUUCUAGAACUAUUAAUUUUGUGACAUUUAUCUGCAUGCUGUCAGCCUGGUAUAAUCAUAAACCCUCCAAGAUCUACCUUCAUACCAAUCUAAAUCUGAACCCUAGAGAGUCGAGAUAUCUAUGGGUUCUACAAUCCGUCCUAGGGGGUAAUCUGAAGAUCCACGAGGUUCAGAAACCAACUCAUGUGUUCGGACAGAAAUUAUCUUCUGUUCAGCACGCUUCAGAUGUUGCAAGGAUUAAAAUUCUCAUGAAGUAUGGCGGGAUAUAUUUAGACGAGGAUGUGUUUGUAGUGAAGAAUCUAAACGUGUACAGGCACUAUGAGUGUGCACUGGGCUGGCCGGAGAACCAGAAUAUGGGUAGUCAGGUUUUAUUUGCACACAAAGAUGCAAGAUUUCUCAAGCUAUGGCUUGAAUUAUACAGAGAGUACCGGCCAACCAUGUGGUAUUUCAAUGCUGGAGAAUCUCCGACCCAAAACAUCCUGAACCAACAACCUCAACUUGUUCACAGAGUUAAACUAGACUUCGGAGUAGAGAACUUAUCCCAGCAAAUCUAUAAGGAGAACUGGACAGGCUGGAUAAACAGGUACACCCUUCACCUCCUGAGUAACCACAAUUACCUUCAUAACACAACCUUGGACGAGGUUAACUACAGGACCUGCAACUGCACCUUCGCCACCCUGGCCAACCAGAUCCUCAGUAACCUCGAGGACGAGAAUAUCAAGCUUCAACAGAAACCAGAAAAACAAAGUGUUGGAAACACUUCUGAGUUUCAACAUGAGGUUAAACAUUAUCUCAAUUCUAACUCAACCUCCUUGCUGAAGAAAUACCUCAAUCUUGAAUUAUUUCACGACCUGGAGAAAGUAAGAACCAUCCCGUACGGAUCUUCGCUUAACGAUGUGAUCCGAACCGGAUUAAAAAAUCCGGAUUCUGCCGUCGGGAUCUUUGCCCCGGAUGCUGAUGCCUACCGAGCCUUUCGACGACUAUUUCUUCCAAUCAUUCUAGACUAUCAUAAACUAGUCAGGUUUGAAGCGCAACCGGAGAAAUUCUGGGGAAACCCUAAAGAAAUCGGAGAGUUUGAGGGGAACAACAUCUUGUCAACAAGGAUCAGGAUUGCGAGAUCAAUCAAGGGAUUCCCGUUUAACAAUAAAAUGGCUGAAAAGGAUCUGACAAGUCUUGAAUCCAAGGUUUCUAAAGUUCUACGGGAACAAUUCUCCGGAGAGUAUCUGAACCUAGCGGAGAUAUCACCGGAGGAUAAACAGAAACUCAAGGAACAACAUUUUCUCUUCGAAGAUUGUGAUAGGUUUGUAUUGGAAGCUGGUGGUUGUGUGAGUUGGCCCACUGGACGCGGUAUAUUCCUGAGUUCUGACCGUCAGCUUAUAGUUUGGGUCAAUGAGGAGGAUCAUCUCAGGGUUAUAUCACUAGAGAAGGGUGGAGAUCUUUCAAGUGUUUACUCCAGGUUGAUCUUGACUAUGAACAAACUGGAGAAGUUUCUUGAGUUUGAACAUGAUGAAGAGUUUGGUUAUUUAACCUUCUGUCCUACUAACAUCGGAACAACCCUUCGAGCCUCCGUCCAUCUCCGUUUCUCCGCCCUGACCUCUGAUGAGGUUGAAAGGUUGUCCUCGGAGCGAGGUCUCCAGGUUCGAGGAACCUCCGGAGAACAUUCUGAGGUGCGCGGAGGUGUUUAUGAUUUAUCGAACAGUAGAAGAUUAGGGCUAACCGAAUUCGAGGCUGUCAGUGAAAUGUUCACUGGUAUUCAGCAUUUUCUCCGAGAGGACAAAAGAGCUGAGGAUUCUCUCUAAUCAUCUCUGUGUUUAAAAAUGAAUGAUGGCUGAAGAGUGUAUCUUCGGAGAACGCGGGAAUAGAAAUAACAGGCAUUCUAAACCACAUCAAGAAAGAAAAAAAUAUUUCUUAUCACAGAAAUAAUUUGGAGAAAAAAACAUAUUUUUUUUUGAUAGGAAAAAAACUAAUGUUGAACCAGAAAAUUUUAUUUGAGAACCAUGCACGUCAAUCUCAGAAUAAACUUUAUCUCUAAUAAG